AUGGAGUUAACAUCUCCAAAUGCGGGACCAACGAACGGUCUUCCGUCGCCGUCGGGAGUUGGAUACCAGUUCGACCCUCAGCUAAUCCUCGACCAUCUGGCCCAAGUCUGCGAAAUCACACUUGGGGCUUCCAGGAAAGAUCUAGAGAAUGUGGGAAGUCUGUUAUCAAAGGCACGGGUUUCCGAAACUACCCAACGUGUUCAACGAUGGGCCGAUUCACAAGCUGCACUGUACAUCCAGAAAGACAGUUAUACUGCAGAUACCCUAAACGGCGUGCUUGACGAAGCUGGCCCAACUACGUACAGUUAUACUCUUGCGACCGACAUUUCGGACUCGCCAUCCACAAUUUCCUCUAUCGCUCUUUUGAAACGGCCUUCACCAUUAGAACCUACGAUACCCAUUUCCUCACAAAUACAAAUUGUUAAUUUACCGGGUGUUGCCUCGCUGACUAGCAAUGCUGGGGGGCAAGGCGCCCAGGUUUCCCCUUUCGAGAUCCUUCAUUCAGUUGUACACCUUGCGCUGGCGCCUUAUUUUGAUGCAUAUACGAAAACUCAGCAAAACACAAAUGGAAAUCGAGCUCGGUCAGACGUUGAAGCCAAGACUGGCAUACCAGUUACCAAGAAGAGAAUCGCAGAGCUAGAAUUAAGUCUGCUUCACUUGCAGCAAAAUAUAGAGAUUCCGGACCUCAUUCUUUCUAUGCAUCCGAUGGUCCAAAAUGCGCUCGAUGAGGCUGCUGCUCGCAACACUCGACCUACCGCUGAGUUAUUACCAAGUCAACUCAUACACGAUUCGACGUUUCUCAACGCGUUACAAUCCAUUGUCAAUGGUUGGAUCAAAUCAAUACAAACCAUAACGAAGAUGUCGCGAGAUCCAAGUAGUGGAACUGCAACUCAGGAGAUACAAUUUUGGCUUUCCAUGGAAUCCGCUCUCGAAGGGAUUGAAAACCAGCUUCGCGCGGAGGGUGUUACCUUGACCAUGGAGAUUCUUCGAACAGCGAAGCGAUUCCAAGCCACUGUUAGUUUCUCUGCCGAUACUGGUUUGAAGGAGGCCGUAGAGAAGGUGCAAAAGUACAACCAGCUGAUGCGUGACUUUCCACUUGAUGAGCUUCUUUCUGCAACAUCUCUGUCGAAGAUUCAGGAUGCUUUGGCUUUAAUUUUUACUCACCUCAACAAAAAGCUUCGAAUAUGCCCAUACCCAAUCCGUCGUGCGCUACCUCUGGUGGAGGCAAUCUCAGCGGAUCUUGAUACGCAAUUGCAUUCCUUACUCAAUGGACGUCGAUUGAUGCAUCUUGAUUAUCGAGAAUUCAAGGCCCUGAUGAGUACAGCAGACUCGAUUUGGAAAAUCUGGGAUGAACACAUUAAAGAGUUUACCAAUGUUGCACGUGAGGUAACACGACGAAGAAAUGAAAAGUUCAUCCCAAUUAAGAUUAGUCCUAAACAUGCGGAGCUUCAGGCGAGGCUGAAGUAUGUCAGCACUUUUCGAGACAACCACGAACAGUUACAAAAGACCAUUGUUACUGUUCUCGGCCCGCGAAGCGGAGAUGCUAUGGCUGAUGGAGCGCCUAACGGAGCGGUAAUCGUCGAAGAGAUGGGUGAUGUUGAUGCCGUAGAAGAAGUGCAACAAGCUUAUGCCGCUUUGAACAACGUCGACUUGCUUGAUGUGUCUCCAGAAGGAACGCAAAUCUGGGUCCAGGCCGAGAUCACCUAUAACGAGCGCACUUCACGUGUUGAAAACUCUAUUAUUGCACGCCUUCGAGAUCGGUUGGCUACAGCGAAGACUUCAAAUGAAAUGUUUCGCGUAUUCUCAAAAUUCAACGCCCUGUUUGUCCGACCGAAGAUUCGAAGCGCGAUCACAGAGUAUCAGACCACUCUGAUUGACAAUGUUAAGCGUGAUAUUUCAGCGCUCCACGAACGUUUCAAACAACAAUACGGCCACUCCGAAGCACACGCGAUGGCUCAGCUUCGAGAUCUGCCCCCGGUUUCAGGUGCGAUUAUCUGGGCAAGACAAAUCGAGAGGCAACUUGAUGCGUACAUGCGAAAGGUUGCCGAUGUUUUAGGCCAUGAUUGGGCUCUGCAUUCAGAGGGACAGAAACUUCAGAGCGAAAGCAACCUGUUCCGAAAGAAAUUAGAUACUCGACCUAUAUUUGAGGCCUGGCUCCAUGAUGUCCAAAGGAAGCAAAUCUCGAUAUCUGGCCGUCUCUUCAACAUCAACAAGAUCAGAGCUUCAAAUUAUGCGCUCGAGCUAGCUGUGAAUUUCGAUCCGCAGGUUAUCGCCUUGUUCAAAGAGACUCGCAAUUUAUUAUGGUUGAAUUUUGGCGUCCCCCACCAAAUUAACAACGUGUCAAAAGAGGCAAAGAGGGUGUAUCCCUACGCUGUGAGCUUGAUGGAGAGUGUGCGUACAUUUGCACAAACUUGCCGACAGAUAUCCCAGAUGUCCGACGUCUCAAUACUUCUUGGUGGAUAUCAAAACGACGUAUAUACGCUUAUCUCCAAAGGAGUACCACUGAAGUGGGAAUCAUUUGUUCACUCAUAUGACGUGCAUCUUAAGCAACCCUACCUCACCAAUGGCACCAACGAUCAUAUCCAGGGUGGUCGCGGUGAGAGCAAGCACGUUCAAUUUGUCCGCGAGUUCGCCGUAUCUGUAUCCCUUCUGCAAAGCAAGACCAUCGCACUUGCAUCCAUAAAUGUGACAGUCCAGAAGGCCCUUGCAGAAUUAGAGACUUGUCCGUACGAUAGCGCAGCUCUGGAAACUCGCCUCGAGACCAUCCAAAUGGCUGUAGACCAGCUGAACCUUGAGAAUUAUGUCAACCUGUCCUUCUGGGUAAAGGAAAUGAAUGAGAGAAUCAAGGCGACACUUCUGGUCCGUCUGCAGCGUGCAAUAGAAGCAUGGAUCGAGGCCUUUCAAGAUGAUCGCUCAGAAGGGGUGAAUGACGACAGCCGAAAGAAACGGUUCAGUGGCUUGGAGGACGGCCUUGACCAUUAUGCUCCAACUUUAGUACCAUUAGUCCAUGAGGUCUCCAUGCGAAAUCAAGUCAUAUAUCUAGAUCCGCCAUUGGAGUAUGCGAGAGCUAGCUGGUUUUCGCAGCUUCACGACUGGCUUGGUGUAGUGUGCAAUCUUCGCAAGGUAAAGGCCUCAAGGUAUGAAAUGUCGUUAUCCACCACUCACGACACCGAGGCGCGCUUCAAUGACUUACCCGCAUCAUGCGCCGGUGAUUUAUCCCAGGUGUACAUGGUUGUCGAGAAGAAGCUGCAGGAUAUUAGUGUGUAUAUCGACAAAUGGCUUCAAUUUCAAUCACUCUGGGAUCUACAAUCGGAGCAAGUGUAUGAACUGCUGGGAGAACAUCUUUCGAAGUGGCUUCAGCUACUCCAAGAAAUCCGCAAAGCUCGGUCAACAUUCGACACGACGGAAGUAAGCCGGUCAUUUGGCCGCCUUUCCAUUGAUUACGAGCAAGUUCAGACCAAAGUCAAUGCAAAAUACGAUCAGUGGCAACAUGAAAUCUUGACCAAAUUUGGCGGUCGCCUGGGGAAUCGUAUUCGCGAAGUGCAUGCAGAGGUCGAGAAGGCACGUAAAGAUCUUGAAGUGCAGUCACUCGAAGCAUCUUCAACCGCUCAAGCGGUUCAAUUCAUCACUAUUGUGCAAGCAUGCAAACGUAAAGUCAAAACAUGGGGUCCCGAAGUCGAGAUAUUUCGACAAGGCCAGACAACUUUGGUCCGCCAGCGAUACCAAUUCCCUCAAGAUUGGCUAGGCGUAGAACAAAUGGACUCCGAGUGGACAGCGCUCAACGAAAUCUUGGCACGUAAAUCCAAGAUUGUCCAAGAUCAAACUGAUGCCUUGCGAGCUAAGAUCACCGCUGAGGAUAAGGUUGUUGGGGAGAAAGUUAUGGAAAUUACAGCACAGUGGAAUGAAGAAAAGCCGGUUUCUGGUACAAUUGCUCCGGAAAUAGCUUCUGCAACUUUAGCCUCGUUUGAGAGUCGCAUCACGAAACUCAACGAAGAGUUCGAAAUGGUGUCCAAAGCAAAGGAAGCACUCGACCUUCCUGCUAGUGCGGAUACUGCUCUCACGGCAAUACUUGAAGAAGUUCAAGAUUUCAAGUCCGUCUGGGCAGCUCUUUCAACGAUUUGGAAAAGUCUUAAUGAUCUCAGGGAGACUUUAUGGAACAGCGUCCAACCACGGAAGCUUCGCUCGUCUAUUGACGGUCUAAUCAAGAUGACAAAAGAAAUGCCCAGUCGGAUGCGUCAAUAUGCCGCCUUUGAGCACAUCCAAAACGUUCUUCGGCAAUUCUUGAAAGUCAACCCUGUGCUUUCAGAUCUCAAGUCGGAAGCAGUACGCGAUCGCCACUGGAACAAAAUUUUCAAAGCUCUAAAGCCUGGUAAAAGAUACUCGCCUAUUUCAAUGACUUUGGGCGAAGUAUGGGAUCUUAAUCUGACUGCGAGCGAAGUCAUCAUUCGUGACGUGAUCACACAAGCGCAAGGUGAAAUGGGUCUAGAAGAAUUCUUGAAGCAAGUACGCGAAGUCUGGUCAAAUUACUCGCUUGAUUUGGUCAAUUAUCAGAACAAAUGCCGACUGAUUCGAGGUUGGGAUGACCUCUUCGCAAAGUGCAGUGAAAAUCUCAACUCCUUACAAGCAAUGAGACACUCGCCUUACUACAAAGAGUUUGAAGAGGAGGCUAGUUCCUGGGAAGACAAACUCAAUCGGACGCAUGUACUUUUUGAUGUUUGGAUUGAUGUGCAACGCCAGUGGGUUUAUCUUGAGGGAGUGUUCACUGGGAACGCGGAUAUCAAACAUCUCCUGCCCAUCGAAUCUUCUCGUUUCCAGAAUAUUAAUUCCGAGUUCUUCACUGUGAUGAAGAAAGUUUACAAGCAACCGUUCGUCCUCGAUGUUCUCAACAUUUCGGGAGUGCAAAAGUCGUUGGAACGUCUUGCCGAUCUGUUGAACAAAAUCCAAAAAGCCCUCGGAGAAUACCUCGAGCGAGAGCGCGUAUCUUUCCCAAGAUUCUACUUUGUCGGAGACGAGGACUUGCUUGAGAUCAUUGGCAAUAGCAACGACACCUUGCGAAUAGCAAAGCACUUCAAAAAAAUGUUUGCUGGUCUGUCUGGACUGAUCAUGGAUGAAGACCAUCUCAUCUCUGGUUUCACUUCGAGGGAAGGCGAAGAAGUAAGAUUGAAGAAGGAAAUCUCCCUCAUCAAGACCCCUAAAAUCAACGAUUGGCUGGCCUUGCUUGAAAAUAGCAUGAAGUCAACCCUUGCAGAGCUGCUCGCUGAAGCCAUCGAACGUUAUGAGCCGCUGUUUAACGCUGAAGAACUAGAUCAGGAUUCAUUGAACGAAUAUAUUUCAGCAUUCCCUAGUCAAAUUGUGGUACUUGCCACGCAAGCUGUCUGGACAUCGUCUGUCGAGAGAGCUCUGGAAGGCGGUGGAUCAUCGUUGCAGAGUUUGUUCGAACAAGAAGUGAAGGUUCUUCGUCUCCUCGCUUCCACGGUUUUGGGAGACCUGGAUCCAAUACAGAGGAAACGAUGUGAACACCUCAUUACGGAAUGUGUCCAUCAGCGCGAUACGAUUGAAAAGCUUGUCAAACUCAACGCCUCCACUCCUAAUCACUACUUGUGGCUUCUGCAGAUGAGAUAUGUCUACAAACCGGAAGGUGAAUUUUCGCAGCGUCUUCAUGUGAAGAUGGCAAACGCAAAACUGAAUUACGGCUUUGAAUAUCUUGGUGUCGCGGAACGUCUGGUUAGAACUCCUCUCACCGACCGGUGUUUUCUCACACUUACCCAGGCGUUAUGCCAACGUCUCGGCGGAUCACCUUAUGGACCAGCUGGUACAGGUAAAACUGAAUCUGUUAAAGCGCUCGGUGUACAGCUUGGAAGAUUUACCCUUGUGUUCUGUUGCGAUGACACUUUCGAUUUCCAAGCAAUGGGUAGAAUCUUCCUGGGAAUUUGCCAGGUUGGAGCAUGGGGAUGUUUUGAUGAGUUCAAUCGCCUUGAAGAGCGCAUCUUGUCUGCAGUCUCUCAACAAGUCCAAAAUAUUCAGCUUGGGUUGAAGCAGGGCAUGGAGGACGAAAAGUCACAGAUUGAACUUGUUGGCCGUCAACUACGCGUCAAUGCCAACACCGGAAUCUUUAUUACCAUGAAUCCCGGAUACGCUGGAAGAUCCAAUCUUCCCGAUAAUCUGAAAAAGCUGUUUAGAAGUGUAGCUAUGUCAAAGCCAGACAAAGAGCUCAUUGCGGAGGUCAUGCUGUACUCUCAAGGUUUCAACCAGGCUAAGCAAUUGUCAAAACAAACAGUGCCCUUCUUCGACAAAUGUGCAGCUGGACUUUCGAAACAAGCCCAUUACGACUUCGGGCUCCGCGCUCUGAAGAGUGUACUUGUCAGCUCUGGCGGCUUGAAGCGUGCGCGGUUGACACAAUCUGGUGGAGAUUUAGGCCCAGAGGAAGAGGUGGAGCCUCAAAUCAUUGUCCAGAGCAUUCGGGAGACUAUUGCACCGAAGCUUAUAAAGAGUGAUGUGGAGAUUAUGCGAUCAAUUGAGGCAGAAUCUUUCCCUGGCGUUGACUACGUUCCUGCAAGUCUGGUAAAACUCAAAGAGGCUAUCCAUGAGAUUGCCCAGAAAAGGCAUCUUGUCAUCAAUGAGACUUGGAUGACCAAAAUUCUCCAGCUUUAUCAGAUCCAAACCAUCCACCAUGGUGUCAUGAUGGUUGGAAAUUCGGGCUCAGGAAAAUCUGUGGCGUGGAAACUUCUGCUUGAAGCCUUGCAGAAGGUGGAGGGCGUGGAAGGCGUUUCCCAUAUUAUUGACUCAAAGGUCAUGUCCAAGGAGGCGCUUUACGGUAACCUCGAUUCUACCACUCGUGAGUGGACAGAUGGUCUCUUCACAAGCAUCCUUCGUAAAAUUGUUGACAAUCUUCGAGGCGAGGAGUCUAAGCGACACUGGAUUGUGUUUGAUGGAGAUGUUGACCCAGAAUGGGUUGAGAAUUUGAAUAGUGUUCUUGAUGACAACAAACUAUUGACGUUACCAAAUGGCGAACGUCUCAAUCUACCCUCGAAUGUUCGGAUCAUGUUCGAGGUCGAGACGCUCAAGUACGCAACACUCGCUACUGUCAGUCGUUGUGGAAUGGUGUGGUUUAGCGAGGAUACCGUGACACCAAGCAUGAUGGUGUCCAAUUAUCUGGAUACAUUAAGAAGUGUCGCGUUCGAAGAUCUUGAUGAAGACGCCGUGGCUACAGGACAAUCCGCUGCCAGCGCCUUGGCUUUACAGGGGCAGGUCGCUGACCUUCUUCAAGCUUUCCUCACAACUGAUGAUUUCAUCCUGAAUGCGCUCGACAGAGCAGAAGCAUUCAAUCAUAUCAUGGAGUUUACAGUUGCCAGGGUGCUAAAUACACUCUUCUCCUUGCUCAACAAGAGUGUUCGGGAUAUAAUUGAAUACAACUCUCAGCAUGUCGACUUUCCACUUGAACCAGAGCAAGUCGAAGCCUUCGUUUCUAAGAAGCUUCUCUUGGCUUUAGUCUGGUCUCUGACAGGUGAUUGCCCGUUGGGAGACAGAAAAGCCUAUGGCGAUUGUCUAGCCGGCAUCGCAACGUUCGGGUCACCGAUCAUGGGCGACAACUCUUCGUUAAUUGACUUUGAUGUUCUUCUGCCCAAAGCCGAGUGGUCUUCAUGGCAGAAUCAAGUACCCACAAUCGAAGUCAACACUCACUCCAUUACACAAACCGACGUGGUAAUCCCGACGCUUGAUACUGUACGACAUGAAGAUGUUCUCUACUCUUGGCUCGCGGAGCACAAGCCUCUCUUGCUUUGUGGUCCUCCUGGUUCUGGAAAGACCAUGACAUUGUUUAGUGCUCUUCGAAAAUUGCCAAACAUGGAAGUCGUCGGUCUCAAUUUCUCCAGCGCAACUACACCGGACCUACUGAUUAAGACAUUCGAACAGUAUUGUGAGUACAAGAAGACCGUCAACGGUGUCAUUCUUUCGCCAACACAAAUUGGACGCUGGCUAGUACUCUUCUGCGACGAGAUAAAUCUGCCUGCGCCUGACAAGUAUAUGACACAAAGAGCAAUCUCAUUCCUGCGGCAGCUUGUUGAACAAAACGGAUUCUGGAGGACCUCGGACAAAACUUGGGUUACGCUCGAUCGUAUUCAGUUCGUAGGAGCCUGCAAUCCUCCAACUGAUGCAGGUAGAACUCCAAUGGGUGCCAGGUUCCUACGUCAUGCGCCACUGAUCAUGGUUGACUACCCCGGAGAGCUUUCGCUUCAGCAAAUCUAUGGCACAUUCAAUACUGCUGUUCUUAAAAUUAUCCCAUCACUCCGCGGUUAUUCGGAGUCACUCACAAAGGCAAUGGUCAAGUUCUACUUGCAAUCACAGCAGCGCUUCACACCAAAGAUCCAACCUCACUAUGUCUACAGUCCUCGAGAACUUACCAGAUGGGUCCGCGGUAUCUACGAGGCUAUUAGACCGCUAGAGUCAUUGUCUGUAGAGGGUCUGGUCCGUAUCUGGGCUCAUGAAGCCCUGCGUCUAUUUCAAGAUCGUCUAGUCGCUGAGGAUGAACGCAAAUGGACUGAUGAAGCAAUUCAGCGUGUUGCUUUGGAAUUCUUCCCAACCAUCGAGGAAGAUAAAGCUCUUGGCGGUCCUAUUCUAUUCUCAAAUUGGCUGUCAAAGAACUACGUACCAGUCGACCGAGAACAAUUACGGGACUUUGUCAAAGCUCGAUUGAAGACAUUUUGCGAGGAAGAAGUCGAUGUGCCACUAAUUCUGUUUAAUGAUGUGUUGGAACAUGUUUUACGAAUUGAUCGUGUUUUCAGACAGCCUCAAGGACAUUUGAUUUUGAUCGGUGUUAGUGGCAGUGGGAAGACCACACUUUCAAGGUUUGUUGCUUGGAUGAAUGGGCUGAAAGUGUUUCAAAUAAAAGUCCAUGGAAAAUAUUCAGCUGAGGAUUUCGACGACGAUCUGCGGGAUGUCUUGCGUCGCUGUGGAUGUAAGGGUGAAAAAAUAUGCUUCAUCAUGGACGAGUCUAAUGUUCUCGAUUCCGGAUUUCUCGAAAGAAUGAAUACUCUUCUAGCCAACGCCGAGGUGCCCGGACUAUUCGAAGGCGACGAGCUCGCUUCGUUGAUGACGGGCUGCAAAGAAGGUGCGCAACGACAAGGCCUACUUCUCGACUCACAAGAAGAGCUGUACAAAUGGUUUACUCAACAAAUUGUGAAGAAUCUCCACGUGGUUUUUACGAUGAACCCUCCCGAGGAUGGACUCUCCUCCAAAGCCGCUACCAGUCCUGCUCUGUUCAAUCGUUGUGUGCUUAAUUGGUUCGGUGAUUGGUCAGACCAGGCUUUAUUCCAAGUUGGUACAGAACUUACGCAGUCUGUUGAUCUUGAUCGACCGAAUUUCACAGCACCGGAUAGCAUACCAGUGGCAUAUCGGGACCUUCGUCUGCCUGCUUCUCAUCGUGAAGCUGUGGUUAACUCUAUGGUUUACAUUCACUACUCUCUCCAACGCUUCAACGUUAAACUCCUCAAACAACAGAAUCGGGUUACUUAUCUUACUCCGAGACAUUUCUUGGAUUUCGUUGCCCAAUAUGUUAAACUGUAUAACGAAAAGCGAGAGGAUCUCGAGGAACAACAGCGCCACUUGAACGUGGGUCUCGAGAAACUGCGAGACACUGUAGAUAAAGUCAGAGAUCUGAGAGUUAGUCUUGCGGAAAAGAAAGGCCAGCUUGAACGGAAAGAUGCCGAGGCUAACGAGAAAUUGCAACGCAUGGUUGCCGACCAGCGCGAAGCAGAACAACGAAAAACAACUUCUCUUGAAAUUCAAGUCGCUUUGGAGAAGCAGGAGUCAGAAGUUGCGGAAAGAAGAACAUUGGUCCUCAAUGAUCUUGCCAAUGCCGAACCAGCUGUAAUCGAAGCUCAAAAGAGCGUCAGCAACAUUAAACGACAACAUCUCACCGAAGUUCGUUCUAUGGGUAACCCCCCACAAGGUGUCAAGCUUGCUCUUGACUCUGUCUGUACUCUACUUGGUCACAAAGUAGACAGCUGGAAGACGGUUCAAGCCAUAGUCCGCAAGGAUGAUUUCAUUGCUAGUAUUGUCAAUUACGACAACGAACGACAAAUGACUCGAAAUCUCCGAAUCAAGAUGAGGAACGAGUACCUUUCCAACGAAGACUUUACAUACGAAAGAGUCAAUCGUGCCAGUAAGGCCUGUGGGCCCCUUGUUCAGUGGGUACAAGCUCAAGUCAACUACUCUGAAAUUCUUGAUCGUGUCGGUCCCUUGAGAGAAGAAGUAGGAUUACUAGAGGAGCAAGCACUUCAGACGAAAGCGGAAGCACAAGCAGUCGAAAACACUAUCAACACUCUCGAACAGAGCAUUGCGACAUACAAGACAGAAUAUGCUGCUUUGAUUAGUGAGACACAAGCUAUCAAAUCAGAGAUGUCUCGAGUCCAGUUCAAGGUCGAUCGUAGCGUGCGACUCCUUGAUAGUCUUUCUUCAGAGCGUGUUCGUUGGGAGGAAGGCAGCAAGUCUUUUGAGACACAAAUUGGAACCCUUGUGGGCGAUGUUCUUGUCGCUGCUGCAUUUUUGGCAUACAGUGGUCUCUACGAUCAACAAUUCCGGAAGAACAUGAUGGACGACUGGCUACACCAGCUUCAACUAUCAGGGAUCAAUUACAAACAACACAACCCCGUAACUGAAUACCUCUCAACUGCUGAUGAGCGGCUCGGUUGGCAAGAGAAUUCCUUGCCGGUAGAUGAUCUUUGUACCGAGAAUGCAAUCAUUCUGAAGCGUUUCAACAGAUACCCGCUGAUCAUCGAUCCCUCUGGUCGAGUGACAGAAUUCCUCCAGAAACAAAGCAAAGACCGACGACUUACAGUCACGAGUUUCUUGGAUGAUUCGUUCACCAAACAAUUAGAAAGCUCUCUCCGGUUCGGUAACCCUAUCCUUAUCCAGGACGCUGAAUAUCUGGACCCUAUCCUAAAUCACGUCUUGAACAAAGAAUAUCAGAAGACUGGUGGUCGUGUGCUCAUCCAGUUGGGCAAACAGGAAAUUGACUUCUCGCCCGCAUUCAAGAUUUAUCUAUCCACUCGAGAUCCCUCUGCGACCUUCGCCCCAGAUAUUUGCAGUCGAACAACAUUUGUCAAUUUCACUGUUACACAGAGCAGUCUUCAAACCCAAUCAUUGAACGAAGUGCUGAAGUCUGAGCGCCCCGAUGUCGAUGAGCGCCGAUCCAAUCUCAUCAAACUUCAAGGCGAGUUUAAGAUUCAUCUAAGACAAUUGGAAAAGCGUUUGUUACAGGCGCUCAAUGAGUCCCGAGGCAAUAUUCUAGACGACGACAAUGUCAUUGAGACGCUAGAAACAUUGAAAAAAGAGGCAGCCGAUAUAUCCAUCAAAAUGAGCAACACCGAAGGUGUCAUGGCAGAAGUAGACGAGAUUACUCUUCAGUACAACAUCAUUGCGCGAUCUUGCAGUGCCGUCUUCGCUGUUUUGGAACAACUUCACUAUCUGAACCACUUCUAUCAAUUUUCACUUCAGUAUUUCCUCGACAUCUUCCACACUGUGCUUCAUGGGAACAAACGCCUAGCUAGUGAAACGAAUCACAAUAUCCGACGAGAUAUCAUUAUCGAAGACCUCUUUGUCACAACAUACCAACGUACAUCUCUUGGUUUGCUACAAAAAGAUAGAAUUACACUUGCAAUGCUUCUCGCCCAGGCUGCUCCAUACAAGAUGGACAAAACACUCAUUGAUGUAAUGCUCGACGAUGGCGUUGAAGGAACGGAUUUGUCAACAGAAACUCAUAUGAGGGAAGAAGUCAUUGCCAGAGCUUCAAAGCUGCCAGUACUCAAAGGCAAGCUUGAUGCUGUUAGUGCUCAGACUUGGGACCGUUUCUUACUUGAAGAGAAAGGAGAGAAUUAUGUUCCUCAAAUCUGGGAUGAGACAUGUGACCAGCGCGAUCAAGAACUACUCUCGCUCCUCUUGGUUAAACUUUUCCGUAUGGAUCGAUUUGUACCCACUGCUGAGCGAUUCGUCACAGCUGUUUUCGGAAAGGGUCUUCUGGACACUACCGAGGAUCUCAAGCAGACGGUCGAUCAAGUCUCCGCCCGCAGCCCUAUCGCUUUAUGCUCAAGUCCAGGAUUCGAUGCUAGUUAUAAGGUCGACAAUUUAGUGGAACGCUCCCGUACAUCUUGCACCAACAUCGCCAUGGGAUCUAAUGAAGGUUUGGCGACCGCGGACAAAGCUAUCAGCAACGCCGCCGCGAAUGGUUCGUGGGUUCUAAUUAAGAAUGUUCACCUCGCCCCGACUUGGCUACAAAGUCUUGAGAAACGAAUGGACUCUCUCAAACCGCAUGCCGACUUCCGAUUGUUCCUUUCCAUGGAGUCGAGUCCUAAGAUCCCAGUCAAUCUUUUAAGAGCAUCCCGUGUACUGAUGUACGAGCAACCUGCUGGUAUACGAGCAAAUAUGAAAGAUUCUAUGGCUUCUCUUUCGACUCGGUCGGUCAAAAAUCCUGUUGAACGAACGCGGCUCUACUUGCUGUUGUCCUUUCUACAUGCUGUGGUUCAAGAAAGAUUGCGAUAUGCGCCAAAUUUGGGAUGGAAAGGCUUCUGGGAGUUCAAUGACAGUGAUUAUGAAUGUUCUGCGUUCAUUAUCGAUACCUGGGUCGAAACAGUCGCAGCGGGCCGUACCAAUGUUGCACCACAAAAUCUGCCCUGGGAGAUGAUUCGAACUCUGAUCAUCGAAACAUACGGAGGAAAGAUCGACGAUGAAGGUGAUUUUGCCCGUCUUACUCAAUUAGUGAACUCCUUCCUUACCCCCUCGGCAUACGACAUUGGCCACAAGCUUGUUGAAGGAAACACCGUGGACGGCGUCAGUGACGAAGAUGACGGAAGUUUGAUUGUGCCUAGCGGUACCUCGCUACAAGAAUUCACCCAGUGGAUCCAAAAGCUUCCAGAGCGAGAACCUCCAACCUAUCUUGGACUGCCCGCCAACGCAGAGAAGUUGUUACUUGUUGGUCAAGGAAGAAGCAUGAUCGAGAACCUUGACAAGAUUACAGAGCUGUUGGAUGAAGGAGAGCAAAUUAUGGCUGAAGCCACUUGA